AUGAAUCGCUACACAUUUCUCUCCACCACUUUCGUUCUCGCCAUUGCUGUUUACUCUCUGAAUAUACCACCAUUAUCAACGAAGAAACUAGUGGUGGAUUUAAUAGUCAAGAAUGGUGUUAUUUUCACUGGCAAUUCUUCUUUACACCUCGCCGAUUCUAUGGCUAUUCAAAACGAUAGGAUUCUUCGCAUUGGCAAUUACUCGUCUCUUCAGGACUUGGUAGGGAUUGGAACUAAAGAGGUGAAUGUUGAAGCAAAAGUUGUGGUUCCUGAAUUUAUUGAUUCUCAUGUCCACUUUAUUUCUGGGGGCUUCGGGUACUAUAUUAAAUAUCCUCGAUCGUCUACGGCUCGUGUUUGCAGAGAAGGGAACGGCUAA